GCUUAUUUUCGCCUCAAGGUGGCCAGGUGUGUGCGGCGUAGCCUCUUCCCUCUACUAUACAAAUAGGUACAAAACUCCACAGCAAACUGGAUCAAGCACAUCAGACCAUCACUUGUUAUACCAACAGAAACGAGAAAAAAUGUCAAGUCUUCCAACCAUCGUUUUUGUGCACGGCGCUUGGCACCAGCCGGCCAACUACCAAACCUUCCUCGACGCGCUGACGGCCCGCGGUUUUUCCGUCCACGCCCCCCGCUUGCCGAGCUGUUCCAACACGUACACGACACCACCCACCAUCUCCACCGCCCAAGAUGUCGCAGCCGUCAAUGCCAUCAUCAAAGAGCGUGUUGACGCCGGCGAGGAAGUUCUGCUCAUCAUGCACUCCUACGGCGGCCUGGUGGGAACUGAUGCUUUGACAAACGACCUACUCCGGCCCACCCGCGCGGCGCAACAACAGCCCGGCGGAGUCACCCACCUCCUCUACCAAUGCGCAUACAUGCUCGAACCGGAUACCAGCGUGCGCGACGUUUCUCGUGCAGCGGGCAUGUUCGAAUUGUGGCCGCAGUUUGUCAACAACUUCGAUGACGGCACCACGUUCCCUGUAGAUGCCAAUCUCUCCUUCUUCUCGGGCGAAGCUAGUGCGGAUGUUAUGAAGCAAGCAGAGGCUCUGUUCGUGAGGACCCCUUUGUCGGCUUUUGAUACUCCCGCGAAGGGCGAUCUUUGGAAGAAGCUGCCUGUUACGUACGUACAUACGUUGAAGGACUAUGCGGUACCGCAGCCGUUCCAGACGAUUAUGGUGGAGCGGGCGGAGAAGGCUGGCGCGGAUCUGGCGAGGAAGACGUAUGAUACUACGCAUAGUGUUUUCAUCACCGAGGAGACGGCCAUGGUGCAGUUGGCUGUUGAGGCGGCGAAUGACAAGCGCAACGUUCAUUAG